AUGAUGGCGGAACCAAUCGACUUAGCUCGGAAGAAAUCCAAACGAAAGCGAGGGGCUAGUUUUCCUGAGCCCGAAGAAGUGACAGCGGAGAUCAUGGAAAAGCUUCAGAGUUCGAGGCAAGGUCUUGACAAGACGAUCUCAAAGUACAACGAUUAUAUCAUGCGAAACCAACAUAAGAAAAGACAGCUAUUCAUCGAAUCCUGUGCGAAAAGAAUUAGGAUUCUACCUGACGGUGUGAGGUCCGUUGUUGCUGCAGAACUUCUUUCUGAUGAGGACUUCGCCGCAGAGAUGGACUUCUCUGAGCUGCACACAUCGAACGGCAAGUCAGGCGUAUUGCAUUGGAGCUGUGCGGAUGCUUCUUUGUCUGACACUUCUUGGAGAACCAUGCUCCGGGAUUACGCCGCCCCCUCGUCUACAGGAGUAGAUUUGCUUUGGCAGGUUACUCGACCAACAAGCAGAGCGUUUUCUCCAGACGUAUUACCACCAACCACCAUCGCAGAGCCAACGCGUCACACGACUCCAAUGAAAUUGCCUGAAGUGAGCAUGCCCAGAAGUCCCCCUGCAGUUGAAGAGCAAGACGAGGAGGACAUUCUCACUACCUCACGAGUCACCGUCCCAAGGCCAAGGUAUGCAAAUGAUCAGGCGGAUUCUGGAGCUUCUCAAGAACAGGUGUUGCCAUCAAUAGAGAAGCGUCAGGCAGUUUCCGGUAAAGAGAAGCCCCCGAGAAAAAAGGUGUUCGACGUCCGUUUCUGGACAAAAGAAGAGAAUGAUACGCUCAUACAACUUUGCCGCGGCAAUGUUGAGGCUCUCCAGCCCUUUCGUCUGGGCUCGCCCGGCUUUUGGAAACAUGUAUCUGAUCAUCUCCCUAAGCGUAGUCCAAACGCCUGUUUUCAGAAGUGGAAGCUCCUGAAGGGUUCUCAAGAAAUCACUACAAAUGCUAGGUCAGCCUGGUCGGAAGAGGAACUAUUGAAGCUUGCGCGGACACAUGCACAAGCUUCAGAUGAGGAGAAUUGGACCAAGAUCGCGUCACACAUGCCUGGACGCACUGAGGGUAGUUGCAAAUUGCAAUACCUGCGCAGAAUCAAGGGUACAGUCUUUGAGACCCCACGUGGGGCAGAAUCUCAAGAGAAUGCAGCGUCUACUGCGGAAGGGAACGAAGGGGUAUCCGAAGAACAAGAACAGGUAGAUCUGAUGAGCCGUGAUGACAUCUGGAGGGAGAUGGAGCCCAGUGGAGAGAACCCAUCAGUGCUGUGA